UUUGGUUCUGUUCUGGCUAUUGUGUCCCCAGCAAAUACCAAGAUGGAGUAUUUUUUCCUCAGUGCUUUCUUUAUUUCUUUAUUUUGCUCUUCUUUGGGCUCGGCGGGGCUUCCAACCAUCGAAGAACUAAAUGAACGGUUCAAACAAGAACACACGAGAAACAGGCGGUCAGCUUGUGAAGACAAGUUGGGUAGUUAUUGCUCGUCCUACAAGAAAUACUGCAAAGAUCCCGCCUACGAAGACUAUCUAAGGGAACAAUGCAAGAAAACAUGUGACCACUGCCCAAAACCAUGUUUUGACAGGAUUGAAAAAUGCAGUGCCUAUUUAAGCGUCUGCAAACUACCUCAGUAUGAGAACUCCAUGAAAUACUACUGCAAGAAGACUUGUGAAUUCUGUAAAGUCCCAACGACGACACAGCCUCCGACAACAAAGCCAAGAACUGAAAAGCCAAUCGUACAUGAAAACAUCAAGUGUGGAACAAAAGGCAAAGGUAACACAAGAAUUGUAGGUGGAACACGAGCAAAGAAGGGCGCAUGGCCGUGGCAGAUAACGAUGAAUUAUAAGAACAAUGCUGCUGCCUCAACACCUCAUUGGUGCGGUGGAAGUGUUAUCUCACAUGAUUGGAUAAUCACUGCUGCUCACUGCUUUGUCUACAGCGAUAAACCACAGGAUUACACGAUAACUAUUGGUGAGCAUGAUCUCAAUGAUACCGAUGGCUACGAGCAAAGGAUCCCCAUCGAGAGGAUCAUCAAACACCCCUUCUACGACGCCUACAACAACCAUGACUACGAUGUCGCGUUACUGAAGAUGAAAUCCAACAUUACAUACAACGAUAGGGUUCGACCAGUUUGUCUUCCAACUCAAAACUUCCCUGCAGGGACUAAUUGUUAUAUCAGUGGAUGGGGACAUCUUCAGGAAUCUGGCCACGGCCCCUGGGUCCUUCAUCAGGCAAUGGUUCCGCUGAUUUCUCGUCAAGCCUGUCAGAAGUCCUACGACGAUUUGCGCUAUACUCUAACCACGCGCAUGCGCUGUGCUGGCAAUGGGAAAGGAGGUAUCGACGCAUGUCAGGGUGACAGUGGUGGACCACUAGUUUGUAAGACCGCAUCUGAUACCUGGGAGCUGGCUGGUCUUGUGAGCUGGGGAGUAGGUUGCGCGCGCAAGGGUAGAUAUGGAGUGUACGCUGACAUGGAGGAUCUCAAAUACUGGGUCCAGGGUACUGUGCAUACUAACUAGCACUCAUACUCCAAAUAAAUGAAUUAACUUUCGA